UGUGUUGCAGGCUUCGCCUAAACCGUAUCUCUGGGAAAGAGUUCCUGGCUACCUGUUUGUAUCCCUGAGUCACCACAGACCCCCACCCUCCAAUGUGGUAUGUUAACCUUGGAGCAAUAUGGAGAUUAGCUGCAGAGCUGAAGCAGGAUCCCAAAGGAGCUUCAGUUCUGCAGCAUCUACACAGCUUUCUUUACCACACACUGACCAGAUGCCUGUGCUUGGGACGUCCGAGCUGACGACUGGAAUCCCUCAAGGAGUCACUCAGGAGCAAGCUGUGACCAGUCAGAGGGAGUGACACAACUGCGCUCAGUCCCUCCCUCCUCACCUUCCUCUCAUGUGCUCACAGGCUGGUCUGCAGAAGUGAGCCCUGUGGCUCUGCCAAAGACAAGCCUGCUGGGUUUACAGAAGGAAAAAAAACCAACAAAACCAAAACCCCAAACAAAUCUCAGGCAAAGUCACAGCGCUGAAAUCGGUACCCUGAAGAAGCUGAGUGGAGAAGUGUGCCGAGAUGAAUGGCCCGGUGGAUGGCUUGUGCGACCAUUCUCUAAGUGAAGAAGGAGCGUUCAUGUUCACCUCAGAGUCGGUCGGAGAGGGGCACCCGGAUAAGAUCUGUGACCAGAUCAGCGAUGCCGUGCUAGACGCCCAUCUGAAGCAGGACCCCAAUGCCAAGGUGGCCUGCGAGACGGUGUGCAAGACGGGCAUGGUGCUGCUGUGCGGCGAGAUCACCUCCACGGCCACAGUGGACUACCAGCGGGUGGUGAGAGGCGCCAUCAGGCACAUUGGCUACGACGACUCUGCCAAGGGCUUUGACUUCAAGACCUGCAACGUGCUGGUGGCUUUGGAGCAGCAAUCCCCGGAUAUUGCCCAGUGUGUGCAUCUAGACAGAAACGAAGAGGAUGUCGGGGCCGGGGAUCAGGGCUUGAUGUUCGGCUAUGCCACCGACGAGACAGAAGAGUGCAUGCCCCUCACUAUCAUCCUCGCUCACAAGCUCAACGCCCGGAUGGCGGACCUCAGACGCUCUGGGGUCCUCCCCUGGCUGCGGCCCGACUCCAAGACUCAGGUGACAGUUCAGUACAUCCAGGACAACGGCGCUGUCAUCCCUGUGCGUAUCCACACCAUCGUCAUCUCCGUGCAACACAAUGAGGACAUAACCCUGGAGGCCAUGCGCAAGGCCCUGAAGGAGCAGGUGAUCAAGGCCGUGGUGCCCGCCAAGUACCUGGAUGAAGACACCAUCUACCACCUGCAGCCCAGCGGGCGGUUUGUCAUUGGUGGUCCCCAGGGGGACGCAGGCGUCACUGGCCGUAAGAUUAUCGUGGACACCUAUGGCGGCUGGGGGGCGCACGGUGGCGGGGCCUUCUCUGGGAAGGACUACACCAAGGUGGACCGCUCGGCGGCGUACGCGGCCCGCUGGGUGGCCAAGUCCCUGGUGAAAGCGGGCCUCUGCCGGAGAGUGCUGGUGCAGGUUUCCUACGCCAUCGGUGUGGCUGAGCCACUGUCCAUUUCCAUCUUCACCUACGGAACCUCUCAGAAGACAGAGAGAGAACUGCUAGAUGUGGUCAAUAAGAACUUUGACCUUCGGCCCGGUGUCAUUGUCAGGGAUUUGGAUUUGAAGAAGCCCAUCUACCAGAAGACGGCAUGCUACGGCCAUUUCGGAAGAAGCGAGUUCCCAUGGGAAAUUCCCAAGAAGCUUGUGUUUUAGAGCUGGUGGGAGUGGGGCCUGAUCUGGCCCUGGAGGGGUCUAGGUGGCCUGGUUCCUCUUCUUCAGGAUCCCAGCUCUCACAUGUCCCAGACCCAGGGCCCUGACUGCCCUCCCAGGGUGUGUCCCUCCCCCAACCCCCGACUCACCCCCUCCUGGACCAGGCCACACCCUGAGGGUUAGCCGGGAGCUGUCAUCACUGUGAAUGGCAGGAGGCUUGCUGGUGCUGGGAGUCACACCUCCUCAGGAGGGUAAUCACAAUGUUCCCCUGCUUUUCCCUCAGACCAAGGCCAUGUUAAUUUAGUGGGAAAACCACCCCUGUCGAGAGUAAAUCCCCCUCACUCACCUCCCCCGUGAGUGGCCUGCUCCUCCGUCACAGGUCCCAGGGAUCCUGGGUGGGCCAGGUUUGCCCUUCACAUCUGAGGCCCGUGCUCAGAGCCAGGGCCUUCCCGGAGGCCCCCUGGGCGAGGCACCUGGCCGGAACAGGAACGGGGCUGACCUCUCCCACGUAUCCACACUUGUGCAAGGGACGGAGCUGAUUACUGAUCUCAUUUCUUCUUCACUGCAACAUGAUGGGGCGACACCACACCCCCACUUCUAUAGGGGGAAACUGAGGCACAGGCUACCUAGGUAACUUUCCCAAGGUCCCACAGCCCCGCGUCAGGACCUAGACAUGAGUCCAGGAGCUCUGACUCAGGAACCUGUACGCACCCCCUGCCCCCCGCCAAGCCCUUUUCCCACCUCAUGCCAGAUGCAGACCCGAGCAACAACAAAGCAGAUUUGAGAUGAAGCUUUGUGACUUCUUCCCUGAAGACCUGGUGUUUCUGCAAUUAGGGGAUUAACCCCUGGCUCUGGGUGAGCCCUGGGCAGUGGCAUGCGAAGACGGGACAGAGACACAGCUUGUCCUAGCUCAGGGGGCCAGCCUUUCAGACGGAGCACCAGAACCCUGUGUCCUUCAAGUCCUUCUCUCUCUUUGGCCUCGUUAUCUGAGUGCCAUUGGAAUAAGUGGGUUAGCCCCUCAGAUGCCCCUUCCAGGGAGGCCAGCGGUGAGGCCCGAACAUGUGAUGUUAAAUAGUGACCCAGGUGGCAUAGCUGAACUCCCAGUGGUAGACAAGUUGGCUGGGAUGUCCUGAGGAGAUCCUGCCUUUGCCAGGUGGCUGCUGGGCCACAGUACUCACAGGGCCUGAGUGGUCCUCAGUGUGCUGGGGUCUUGGAAGCUGCACAAUCCCCUGCCUUUCCAUCCCUGGCCAGCACUUCCCACCCUGCCUGUCCUCAGCCUGGGCCUCUGACAGCAUUUCUGCAUUCUCCCUAACUGCCUGGACCACGGGCUCAGGUAGGGCCCCCUGUGGGUCCCAAGAGAACACUGGAGACUGGGCUUCUUCCCAGGGCACGUGAUGCUGGUUCUGGCUGAACGGGCAGCCCGUGAAGCCCCAUCUGGGGAGCAGACAGUCUACACUGGAGCUUGGGGCCCAAAGCACAAAGACCUGAGGCUCUUUUCUUUCUGUCAGAGAAAAGGCAGCUCUUCUGGGAAGGAAAAAGAAGACCAAAUUUGCAUCUAAGCCCAGAGCUUGUGUCCACUCUGGAGGCUCCGAUGUGUCUGUGGGCGUGGGUCACCCAGCAAGUCUCAAGCUCCUUCCAGGAGUGGGGGUCGCAGGUUUGUGGGCCGUGAGUUCCUCUCACUCGGGCCGCAUUAGAAGUCAAAAUUCACGAUGGUAUACUUUCCCCACCCCCUAGAGAAACAAGAUCUUUUUUGGGGUCAACAUUGUUUAUAAGAAACUGGAAUCUUUAUUGUUAAUAGUUCCUGCUAGGACAGGAUAAAUAAAACAGAAUAAACAGUCCUUCUGUGAAUCAGA